GUUUUUAGAAAACCAAAAGUAGUCCAGAAAGACCCAUAUAGAGUAAAAAAUGUCAUCGGUGCCUGUGAAGGGUACAACAAGAGGCGGCGAAGGUGGUAGAAACAGGUGGUGUCCAACACCGGAACAGGUGAUGUUGUUAGAAAGAAUGUACAGAGGCGGUCUGAAAACUCCAUCGGCAACUCAGAUACAGCAAAUCACAGAAAGACUAUCAAUUUACGGCAAAAUUCAAGGCAAAAAUGUCUUCUACUGGUUUCAAAAUCACAAAGCUCGUGACCGACAAAAGCUUCGAAAGAAACUCAUGACGUUGUACCAACAGCAUCGCCUUUACCCUUCUCAUGAUCAACCCUCUCUUCCUUUUCAUCAGGUUGGUGGAGUUGAAGAUGAAUCAAGCUGUAUAACGUUAGUCAACAAUUGGACGAGGGAUCUCCCAUCUACUCAAACCUGCAACCUCAUGUGCGAUUGCCCACUGGCCAUGAUGAUGAUAGAUCGGUAUGGUACGACUCCAUGUUGCACAAGAGUACCACCCAAAACUCUACAACUCUUCCCGGUCACCACCACCACGACUCCUGAUGUCAAAGAAGAUGACCAGUUCAGCAAUCCCUAGUCCAAUUUUGACUUUGUUAUCUUUGUUUUAAGUAUUAAUUAAAGACUAUGGUAGACUGAAAGAUUAAAAGUAGUUAGGGUAUCGAUGCUAGGGUUAGGUUUAAUUAGGGCUAGGGUUUAAGAAUAAGUUGUGGGUUUCUAUUAUGUCGCCAGUCCGUUGCAUGGCAGGGCAUGCUUAAUGGUAAUAUCA